AAAUAUUAUUAUUCAUUCUUAAAUUUUACAAUUAAAUUAUGAAUGUUCAAAAUAUAUACUAAAAUAUGUUUUUAUUUCAAUAAUACACAUAAAUGCCGCCCUUAAAACUAUGAAAGUUAAAGCUAACUGUUUACCAGCUGUUCCGCCAAAAUUGGCACUGUCUAUCAUUUUCAUAUCGUCACUUUGCUGUAUAAAUUCAUGGAACGGAUCAUUCGUUUUCGAUGAUUCCCCGGCAAUAUUAAAUAAUCCUGAUGUCUCUCCACCAGAAUCAUCUUCUCUAUCACCGCAAUCUUCACCACCACCAUCGGCAUCAAUAUCAUUAAUUAGAGUAUUGAAAAAAUUAAUCAAAAAUGACUUCUGGGGUAAUAAACUUACUCAUAAGCAGAGUCAUCGAUCCUACAGACCAUUUACCGUUUUGACGUUUAUAAUUCAACGAUGGUUGCGCGGUUCUCUCAAUCCAAUAGAUUUUCACAUUUUUAAUUUAAUACUCCAUACAUUUGCGUGUUUGAUAUUCUACUAUUUACUCCUAAGAUUAUUAGAUAAAACCGCAAGACACUUGGCAUUUUAUGUAGCUACUUUAUUUGCGGUUCAUCCUAUUCAUUGUGAAGCUGUUGCAGGAAUUGUUGGUCGAGCUGAUAUUUUAUGUGCAAUAUUUGUAUGGCUGUCAGUAUUAUUUUAUAAUCGUUGUAUUUAUGAAAAGAAAUUAAUUAUUCUUAUUAAAAAUUUGUUGAUGUGUGUAUUAUGCAUUACAUAUGCAAUGCUUUGUAAAGAAAUUGGAAUUACUGCUAUUGGUAUUUGUUAUGCUUACGAUUUGACAAUAGUUCAUAAAAAAAAUUUAUAUGAUAUUAUAACAAUUUUAAAAAAGGAAUCUAUAAAAGAUAUUAUUGAAAAAAAUAAAUAUAAAUGUUUAGUACGCAUAGUAUUGUUGUUAACAUGUGGGCUUUUAUUGGCAAUAAGAUUUAACUUGAUGGGUUACUCUGCUCCGAGUUUUCAACCAGUUGAUAAUCCAUCAUCAUUUAUAAAUAAUGUUUUUAUGCGUUAUCUUAAUUAUCAGUAUAUUUGGUCGUUAAAUUUGUGGCUGUUAAUAUGUCCCCUGUGGUUAUCGUUUGAUUGGUCAAUGGGAUGUGUGCCUCUUAUUAAUACGUUUGAAUUGAGAUUAUUACCUGUUAUUUUAUUAUGGCUGAUUUUUGGAAUAUUUUUUGUUAAAUACUUUUUGAAUCAAAAAACUUAUCGAGAUCAUAGAUACGUAUCAAUGGGAUUAUGUAUGAUGAUAAUACCAUUUUUACCAGCGAGUAAUUUAUUUUUUACAGUUGGAUUUGUAUUAGCUGAAAGAACACUUUAUCUUCCAUCAGCAGGAUAUUGUUUUGUUGUUGUUAUUGGUUUUCAAAAAUUAUCACGUAGAUUUUAUAAAUCACGGAUGCCUUUAAUUAUGUACACGGUGCUAGUAAUAACGUGGUUCACACGUUCAUGGAUGCGUAGCGAUCAGUGGAGAAGUGAACAUACACUUUUUCGUUCAGGUUUGAGUGUAUGUCCGCUUAAUGCAAAAGUGCAUUACAAUGUUGCUAAAAAUGCAGCAGAUUCUGGAAAUAUAACGUUGGCUGAAACCGAAUAUCUCGAGGCUUUACGAUUAAAUCCUCAGUAUGCUCAAGCGAUGAAUAAUCUUGGAAAUUUAUUAAACAAUCAAAAACGGUAUCAGCAAGCUAAAGAUUUAUUAACAAGAGCUGUUGGACUGCA